CGCUAAAAUUGGGCUUCUCGCAGAGGAAAAAGGCAGCCAGGGAGAGGCUUGUAUAUUUUAAAAUAAUAAUAAUAAUAUUAAAAGUCGUCUUGGAGGAAGAGUGGGGUACAAGAUAGGAGGAGGGGAGGUGGAGGCAAAAGCAUAAAAAAAAAAGGGGGUGGAGUAAGAAAGCCAGGGCACAUACGCAUCAAUUUGUACAGUUCAGUUUUUUCCACGCUGCUGCUACGAUUUCAGUCGCCUUGUUGGGUGGUUUUUUUAAUUUUUUUUAUGCAAGAUGAGGCGGCGCGUGUGGAGCGAAAGCAAACAAAUGGAAGGCAAACGGAGAAUAGAAGGAGAAGGCAUCGCUGGAUAUUAAAAGGUUCUAAGCAACAGCAGAAGCAUCUCAUUUGAGUCCAUACACUGCCCGGUGUUUUGCAAAAUGGACGUUUUAAAGAAGAAAUCAUGAAAACACGGACACAAAAAGAAUCGAUGCCCAUGCGCAGUGGGCGGCGGCGGGGGGCGAGUGAGGAGAGGAGGGGUAGACGCCCGCACCCCAGUCCCACUCGACCUGAACGCAAUGAGAGACAAACGCCAAGAGGUGGCGGUGAGGAACUGGCUGGGAAUCGCUUCAGUCGCAGAUCACAAGGGCAUGAUUCAUCCGAGAGCGAGGGGGAGGAACUUGUGUCUCCAGCAAAAAGACAGAAAGUUCAGGAUUCGGCCGCCAACCAGAACCCUCCAACAUCAACACACUCCACUGACAGCUUGGCUCCAUCCACAGUCCCGCCUCCGACCUCGGCAGCCAGCCAAUCCCGUGAGAGUGACAAUGAAGAUGGCCAAUCACAGGGUAGCAGGAGUUCCGUUGUAGGCAGCCUGGCAAAUAGCAGCAGCAGCCUUAGCAGUGGGCGGGACAUCGACCAGGACAAUCGUUCCUCAUCCCCGAGUCUCUCCGCUUCCCCUCUGGGUAGCCUCGACUCUGAUUCCGAGGGCCCUGAAUCACCAAAGCAUAGAGAGAGGGAACGGGAGAAAAGCAAAGAUGGAGGAGCAGGAAGCGUGUCUUCAGAGGACAGAAGGACACGGAGAGUGGAGGAUCCCUGUGGAGAGGGACAAAACAUGGACACGGAUGCACGAAUUGAGGACUGUGCUUUAAAGCCUAUCCCUCCUUGCCCCUCCUCAGGUCCCAACCCCUCGCUCCGUGGAGCUGGGGAUUCUUCAAAUGACAGCUCUGGUGCGAGGAAGUCUUAUUUCUCCAUGGACUCCAAACUCAUGUGUAAAGUUGAGUAUGGUGGACCUGCUGGCACUGAUGCUGUGCCAAGUGGUAAUAGAAUGAAUUCCAAAGCCAACACACAAUGUGUGACAAAGACAUCUGCUGCCGGUGGAGAUUUUUCCCACAACAGCCCCGGCAUUCCCCACUCUUUGCCCCCACCUCUUCCUCCUCCACCUGCUCUUAAACCACUGGAGCUCGGGGGACAAAAUCUUCCCACUGAGGUCAAAAUAGAAAAGGCCGAUAAGCACCUGGACAAAGCUCAGUCCACUCCUCCUACCCUGUUGCAGACAGGGCCGCAGCCUCAAUCACAACCCCAGACUCAAACCACCGCCCACCCCCAUCAUUACAGCUCCCCAAGCUGGCAGGGUGGCACAGCAACCGGUUGCCAGGGGAGUUGGGGCUACACCCGUUACCCUGGCAACCAUCACUCACACCAGCAUCAGCCCCCGGUGCAGCAGCAGCAACUUCCCUCUGUGUACAACCCUCCUUCCUCGCGACACUCCACAUCUCAUGCUUCUUAUCUCCCCCACCCGCAUCCUCAACCCCACAGGGAAUAUAUUCCCAGGUAUGCUGGAGGAGGAGUGGAUAGAGACAGGGGUGCUGUGGGAGACAGGGAGAGGGGGGCAAGGGGUGAGCUCAACAGGGAGUUCUCUGCUCACAUUGUCAAUAACAGCAACACAAAUAGUGGGGCUAACAGUACUAGCGCGAUGAGUGGCCUUCAAGGCAGGGAGUUUGCCGGUUUGUCUGUAGGUCAGAACCGGGAGUCUCAAAGCUCUGGAAGAGAUGGACCUUCUAAUAUAGGUGCUGUGAGAAGAGAUUUUGUUCCAGCUUUCAAAGACAGAGAGCAAGACAGGGAACGUGAUGCAGGAAGAGAGUUUCCUGCGCCAAACCAAAACCAGAGUAGAGACUUUUCCCCCAAUGGAGCUGUAGGGGGGCAUCCAAGAGACAAAGACAGAGGCAGGUGGGGUGAGUUUGGAGGCCAAACAAGAGAAGGAAACUGUAACCCAAACAACAAUGCCAUCUCACAAGGAAACCAUCCCAGUACGGCUAGUGGACUACCUGUUAACCCCAUGCUUAGCCGAGAUCCACCGACAUCUCCCAAAAACAACAGUAGCCACCCACCUCAUUCUUCCCUGCCCCCACACUCACAUCCCUCAAACUCCUCCAAUCGAGAUUUUCCACCUUCCAUGGACCAGACACAAACGCCUUCCACUGGACCUGACUCCUUUCACAGGGAGUAUCCUUCCACUGGUGGGAAAGAUUUCAAUGCAGGCGCACUUCCCUCCGCAGGAACUAAUCGAGAUUAUCUCAGCCCACCUGGCGUCACUUCUAAUCUAGGAAGAGAAUUUUCAGGGCCUGGUGGAAUCCAAAAUGCUCACCCAUCUCACCCCCAUUAUCAGUCUGGACUUAGAGAUAGAGAAAGGGACUCAAACAUGCGAGAGUCAGCCCUGUACCAAAGCCGUGGUGGUCCAACUCAACCUCCUGCCCCAUCUCCAUCCUCUUCUACCAGUCAUGGACACCCUCCAAAUGCCCCCUAUCCAUCUCAAACUUCCCAUACUCAGCAACCCCCACCAGGUAUGGCACCUAAUGUACGUCCCCCACUUUACCAGUCAUCUGCUCAGACUCCGCCAACACAUCUAUCCCCACUACCCAGCCCCUCCACAAAUCAGAUAGGUGGUUUCUCGUCGUUCCCCCCUGGACCCACCUCUGCACCCAACAUGCCCCUUCCUGGACCAGGCAUGCCAUCACCUGGAUGCCGGCCCUCCCCUUUACAUGCCACCUUGAACAGCCACUCGAGCUACAGUGAAACAUACCACGCAAAUGGGAGUGGUGGCAAUAACCUGGCUAGCAGCAAUAGCAACAGUGGCACACCCACAAACAGCAAUACAAACUCCCAAUCACCCCAUAAUGUCUCUAAGGGCCCACCACCGCUUACUAAUAAUAACAUUACUACCCCGACACUUCCCUGUGGAGAUGGGCAUUCAGAUUCAGGCCUGCCCCAACCACCUGUAAUUAAGCAGGAACCACCAGAAGACAGGGAGGAAAGUAACAGUCCACCAACUGUGUUGAGAAGUCCGUCUCCUGAGCCAAAACCUGUAGACAUUCCCAUCCAUGCUAGCCAAUCAGCAAGGUUUCACAAAGUCCUUGACCGUGGUAGCUGCAACUCCUGCGCCCGCUGCGAUGUCCUAUUUGUUCCGUUGGACGGUUCUAAAUUGUGGAAGAAGAGGAAUGAGGUGAUAGAAAGAGCUCGGAGGGAGGUUGAGCAACGGGCCAGAGAUUUAAGAGAAAAAGAGAGAGAACGGGAAAGGGAGCGAGAGCGUGAGAGGGAACUGGAUCGCCAUCUACAGCAACAGAAAGAUGCCAGUGCAGCUGCAGGGGCUCGUCAUGGUUCUUCCCUCUUCUUCCCCUCCUCGUCCUCUAUGAUCCUUGACCCUUCAUCGUCCUCCUCCUGUCCGGGCAACCCGGUCUCUCAUCAGCCACCUCACGCUCAGCAUCACCACUCUCACCCGCAUGCUCACUUUCCUCCAGGCCACCACCUCCAUCCCAGCCUCUCUCAUGCUAUCCCACACUCACUUCUCCUGCCGUCUAUGGCUGGGGCAUCAGCAGUGGUUGGGGGCCAUCAAGGAGCUUUGGGAAUAGGUAUUGGUGGUCCGUACCUUGGUCCUGAUACCCCUGCUCUAAGAACCCUGAGCGAGUAUGCUCGUCCCCAUGCUAUGUCUCCACUUGGGGCAGCAAGUCGGGCUCAAGCACACCACCCUCAAAUGCACCAUGGUCAUCCUCAUGUCCAUCCGUCAUUCUUUCUACCCCAAUUUCAGAAUCAUCAUGCAUUAGCUCACCCACAUCACCUACCUGCUGAUGCUGCAACAGCCGCAGCCAUCUUGGGCUUUCUGUAUGGCGGCAGCCUUGAAGGGGGUCAUGGUGUUGGUGGUCACCCUGGGGUGGCGGGAGGCCCAAUGCCUGGAGGAAUGGGGGGUUCAGGGUUAGGAGGAGUUGGCUUUCCUCAUGCGGUUGCUGCUCACCGUGAGCGCAUGAAGCCAGGAUUUGAAUUCAAAAGUGAUGAACGGGGGUAUCCACCAGGCUCCAUGGCUGAUCCUGCAGCUCUAGCCCUGGCUCACACCCAUUCCCACGCCAGUGCCCAUGCACAUACCCACUCCUUGCUCCUUGGUGGAGGGGGACCGAAUGAGGUGUCACUCUAUUGCACUCCUCCUCCCCCACCUCCUGCCGGCCCCCCACAUCUCCAGAACCCGACGGUGCCCCCAAUAGCUAGACCCCCAAACCCUCCUGCCCCUCAGUCCCUGUCCAAUCCCCCUCCUUCAUCACUUCUACCUCCAUCGCACCCUCCAUCUGCGCCCCCGCCCGCUGCACCACCGCCCGCUGCCCCACCCCCAGCAAGCCCGGCUGUCCCUCCGUUGGCUCCUUCUCUCCCUCCUCCUGCCCUACCUGCGACACCCACCUCUAACGCCACUUCAGUUCAUCACCCAGUACCCCAUUCUUCUUUCCCUAGUUCCCUGCCAUCUCAUCUCCCACCUACCACUUCAUCUGAGACCUACCCAACCCCCACUCGCUCACCCGCCUCUUUUGAGCGAGACAGGAGUGGAGACAGAGAGCGGGAGAGAGAACGAGACAGAGCGGCACCGCCGGCCUUUGGGGACAGGGAACGGGAGAGAGAGAGGGAGAGGGAAAGAGAAAGGGGAGGAAGUGCUGGAGGAGGCACCUCAAAUGGAGGAGGAACAGGUGGAGGAAGUGGGGGAGAGAACACAGGUCGUGUCCAGAUGCUAAAUGUGACGCCCCACCAUCACCAGCACUCCCACAUCCACUCGCACCUUCAUUUGCACCAACAAGACACAGCGGCGGGCGGGGUUCACCCCCUGAUGGACCCGCUGGCGUCGGGGUCUCCUUUGACGCGUCUCCCUUACCCCGGAGCGACAAUAGGCAACCCCAUCCUGGCUCACCCCCUCACUGACAGCGAGGUGCUUCGCCAACAGCUGUUCGGUGAGGAGAAGGCUCCUCGUCCAUGUGCUCCUUUCCGUGACCUGCCCCAACAGUCCUCCCUCACUGGUCCCAUGUCGGCAGCCCACCAGCUCCAGGCCAUGCAGCAGGCCCAGAGCGCGGAGCUGCAGAUCCAGAGACUGGCCCUGGAACAACAGUGGAUACAUCACCAUCACCACCACUCUCUCACCCAGGACGAGUACUACAGUCACCUGAAGAAAGAAAGUGACAAGACCCUGUGAGGGAGCGGCACAAGAAAGGGAACAACACAUGGGAGAAUGUGUGCAAACUUUAAAUAAAAACAAAAAUAAAAGCACUCACAACAAAAACUAUGAAGGGACAAAGACUGCACGGGGAAUUGAUACUCCGUCCCUGUGAACUGCACCAAGUUGAAGUUCCAGACUCUUUUUUUCCCCCAGCAUUGUGUUCUUAAACUUCAGUCCUGUUUUUUGUAUUGUGCGCUGUACAGUAUAUGAAUUAGAAGGGAAUAAGGGGGAAAUAGUGUGAAGGACAAUAUGUGUAAAAUACUUGACGCCAGACAGAAUGAGUCUUUUUAUGUCAUCGCAUGUAGCUAGAAGGAGCUUACCGGUGGAACUUUUUUGGUUCUUCAUUUUAGUAACUACGCCCUCAUUUGUACCUGAGGAUUCUAUAUGCAUGAAACCAGCCAUUUAGUGUUCUGUUUACAGCAGUAUUAUUGUUAUUAUUAUUAUUAUUAAUGUCGUCGGUUUGUCUAUAAUAAUUAUAUAUAUAUAUAUACAUAUAUAUAUAUAAGUACAUAUUAUUUGUAUUAUUUUUUUACAUUUUCAUGGUACGACCGUCACUUUUCAUUUGGAAUUGACCUUGUGAAACAAGAUGAAAGCAAAAAAAAACAAAAAUGGAAAUAAAUUAUCUUUUUUUU